AUGUGUUGCCAGCCAUGCGUCCAAUACAGCGCAGCUGUUGCCACUGCCGGCAGCAAAGUUGGCAAGUCGCGAUCGCGAGACGAUCCCGUCUUAGCGGAGCUCAACAAGGGUUCCUCCGCGACCCAUGCGUUACGCAGGGUUGGAGCUUGCUGGGCGUCCCAGCCCCGGCUGGCCACGGCAGUGUUGGCAAAUUUGUCAUGGCACAAGGCUUUGGAGGUGCUUCAGGCCAUGCUGGAGCUGCAGAUGCGAAUCAAUGAGUUUCACUGCAACGCUGUGCUGAAGGCCAGUCCUUGGCAUCAACAAGGUGCCCUUUUGAAUCGGAUGGCCCAGGCUCAGCUACAGCAGGACCAAGUGAGCCUCACUUCUGGCAUGACUUCAGAGAUCCCGUGGCCUACAGCCAUGGGCCGGUUAGAGAUCAUGAAGCGCCAGCACAUCCAAUGCGACGUCCUGGCGUUCGGAGCCCUGCUGACGGCCAGCAAGAGAAGUUGGCAAACGGCGCUGCAAAUCUUAGGGUUCAUGCAGUCUCCAGAUGUGGUCAGCUUCUCUGCAGGCAUUGCAGCCACCGGUGUCACGCACGAGUCGUGGCGUUUGGGGCUGCAGCUGUGCCGCCAGAUGAAUGCUAAGAAGGUGAUGAUGAACUCAAUCACAUUGACCUCGCUCCUGACUGCUUGUGAACCAGGACAGUGCUGGGAGAUUGCCCUGGAGCAGCUGCACCUCAGCCAGCUGCAGCGUUUGCAGCUCGGCGCCGUGGCGAGCAACGCCGCCAUGGGGCCCUUGGGCACAGUGGGGCGCUGGCAGCAGGUGCUGAGGCUGGCGAUGAUCAGGCCAGACACAGUGAGCUGGUCCCUGGCCGUGAAUGCUUGUAGCGCGUCCAACGUUUGGGCAGAGGCCCUGCAGCUGGCAGCAGAGGGAGGAUCUCUGGAUGCUGCGGUGGCUGCGUGCGAGCGUGUGCGCAGAUGGCAGUUGGCUUUGGGCAUGUUGAUGGGUCGAAAAUCUACAGCCAAGCCUUCUCCUGCAAGCGUUGCCCGAGAGGCCUGGGCCUUGUCCAAAGAUCCGGCAGUGGCCAGGCCGACCCGCGCGCAAGCGAGAGACCUGACUCGACGAGCAUGUGAGCUAGCGAAGAUCGCGGUUGCCAUGCCUGAGAGGUUUCAGGCACGAGAAUUGGCGAGUUUGCUUUGGUCUUUGGUCUCCGUUGCCUACGUCGACCCCGCGUUGCUGGUCACGUCCUGCCGCCUGGCGCUGCCGGAGCUGUCGCUGCAGGGGCUGGCGAAUGUGGCCAUGGCCCUGGCCAGCAGCCACUUCGAUCACUGGCAGCAGUUGCAGUGGGAGCAGAUGGACGCCAUGUUGCGGAGACUCCAAGCAGAGCUGUCCACCCGAGCAGCAGAGUCUCGGUGGCCAAGGGACGUUGCCAUGCUGCAGGACAGGGCGGCGCGCGUUCUGGACAUCCUCUGGGCCUGCCACUUCUCGGGGCAACUUCAGCGGCAGAUGCUCCAGGCCGCCAGGACUUUGCUGAUGCGGCUGGCAGACCUCAUCGGCCGGAGAACGUCAAUGGCAUAUGGAGCCAUGCUGGUGCCAGGGAAUGAAGACGAUGGCCAUCCUGGUACUCCUCACCUGGUCUUGGAUUUGGGUGAUAGAGGAGUGGUGUACAAGCCGCCAUCCUUCUGGCAGGUGGACGACGGCAAGGAUGAGCCGGCGGAUGAUGCACUGCGACUCUCGCAAUUCACCCAGACGGGCUCGCAAUGGCAAGAAGCUGCGCACUUGUUGCAGCAGAUUCCCACACGAGCGCUUCAGGCCAAUGUGAUCUCCUUUAGCAGUGCCAUUUCCUGUUCUCCCUGGUGGCAGGCCUUACUACUGGUGGCAGGAGCCACCAACAACGUUGUUUCGUACACUGCCGCCAUGGGCAAAGUGGAGGAAUGGACUUUUGCCUUCGAGUCUUUGAGGCAGAUGGAAUUGGCACAAGUGCAGCCGAACCUCUUCAGCUACAGCAGCUUGGCGCGGAGCGCCGCCUUGUGGCAGCAAGGAGUGCAAGUGCUACAUGCUGUUGAUGCCAGGAGAUUGGAGGUCAACGCCAUCCUCCAUGGCACAGUACUGACCGGUUGUGCCACUUCCGCGGCCUGGGACUGCGCGCUGCAUUUGCUGCGAGGUGUUCAGCCCCUCCCUGAUGUGGUGGCCUUUGCCUCGACGAUCACGGCAUGCGAAAGGGCCAGCAGAUGGGAGUUGUCUCUACAGCUGCUACUGGAUGCCGCUGCUCAAAAACUGCAGCUCAAUGCCAUCAUCUACAGCGCUGCCAUCAGUGCGUGCGAGAAGUCCUCCAUGUGGCAGGCCGCAGCGCUGCUGAUGUCCGAGGCGAUGGCGGCAGCUGCGGACGUCGUCGCCUUCAACGGCACCAUCAGUGCCUGCGAGAAGGCUGGCGCAUGGCACAUGGCUACUGGUUGGCUGGAGGAGCUGGGAACUUGUGGUGUACAAGCCAACGUCAUCACCUUCAACGCCAGCAUCAGUGCAUGCAGACAGUGCUGGCCGAGAGCAUUGUUUUUACAUGCGCAGUGUCGACAGCAGGGCAUAAAGUCCGAUGUGAUCACUGCCAGCGCGGCCAUCAGCGCUGCUGCAUGGGAGUCGGGCGUCCUCCUCUUAGAGGGGCUCAGGCCCCUAAAUCUUUGGCCGGAUUUGACCCUCAUCAAUUCCUUGCUGCCAAGCCUACGUUGGACACAGACAAUUGAGCUGUUGGAACAAACGCCGACCUCGCUGGAACCUGACUUCCUGAGCUACGAAACAGUGAUGACGAGCAGCAUCAAGGCCACCGAGUGGCCGCAAGCCAUCGAGUUGGCGGGAGCUGUGGGGUCCAAUGCCUUGCUGUUGGGCGUGGAAAGGCAAGGCCGCGUGCCACCAGCGAUUGUGUCCAAGCUUUUCUUCGCUCAAGCAGAUGCAAACCUUGAGAAGAUUCGCGACACGUCAAGUUUGCAAGGUGAGGCACGAGCCAAUUUGAAAGCCGGGCAUUGAUGUCCAUGUUUACUUUGCAUGCGUUUUUUCCUUCCAGAUUAUUUUCAGAUUUUGUGGGGUUGAUGGCUGAUGGUUUCACUUCGGCAGCUUCGGGUGACAUGAACGCCGCGAAAAAG